AAUAUAUAAUCAUCAAUUGAUUUUCAUUUCGUCUGGCUUAUUCAGUGAUACUUUUGAUAAUUGAGUCAUUUGAAACAUCAUAAUCGAAUCCACUCGUGAAACUCAAUCAUUGUUCAAGUCAUCUAUUCAAUUCAAUUCAAUUUAAUCUCAUCUUUACUUUCCAUAACUAGAUAUACAUAUUUAAAUUUCAUCACAUAUAUUCCAUACUCAUUAUAAUGAUAAGAGCAGCUUCAAAUACUAUCAAAAGAUCCUUUGUUCAACAAUUAUCUCAUAAAUGUCAAUUUCAUAAUUCCAUACCUUUAAAAGAUGCCUCAUUUUUUAAAAUGCCUGCCAUGUCUCCAACCAUGAGUGAAGGUGGGAUUGUUUCUUGGAAAUUUAAACCAGGUGAAAGUUUUAAUUCUGGUGAUGUAUUAUUAGAAGUUGAAACUGAUAAAUCCAACAUUGAUGUAGAAGCAGUUGAUGAUGGGAAAUUGGUUGAUAUUUUACAAGCUGAUGGUUCAAAAGGGGUACCUGUUGGUAAACCAAUUGCUAUUAUUGCUGAACCUGAAGAUGAUUUAGCUACAUUGGAAUUACCAAAGGAAGAAGCUGCUCCAGUAGCUGCUGCUGCUGCUGAAUCAACUCCUGAACCUGUUAAAGAAGCUCCAAAAUCAACUCCAUCUAAAUCAGUCGAAUCAUCCCCAUCAUCAACAAAAUCGGUAUUCACCACUGCUAAUGCUUCAUUUAAAUUAUCUCCAGCUGUGGAUUUAUUAUUACAUGAACAUGGUAUAUCUACUGAAGAAGCUUAUACUAAAUUCCCUGCUUCAGGUCCAAAAGGUAGAUUAUUAAAAGGUGAUGUAUUAGCAGGAUUAGGACUUAUUGAAAAUACAUCUAUAGUUAAAAUCACUGAAUUUAUUAAAUCAAAAGAACAUUUGGAUUUAUCAAAUAUUAUUAAAGCAGAACCAAAGAAAGUUGAAGAAUCAACUAAAGAAACUAAAUCUACUGAUGUUAAACUUGAAAAACCAAAACCAUCAAAUAUAUUAACAGUUGAAUUAACUUCUUCAUUAGGUGAAGAUAUUUCUCAACCAAAAUUUAAAUAUGCAUUUGAAAAAUCAAUUGAAACUGCGAUAAGACAAACUUAUGCCAAGAAAUUCCCUCAAUUUGCUUCUUCAGCAAUUGGUUCUAGUUUUGAAUCUGAAGAUUUAUUCGAUGAUUUGAUUAGUCCAUCAGUUACCAAGACAAGAUUUGAAGUUUAUGGAGUUAAUUAUGAAUUCUUCUCCAAUGAAUCUUCUAUUUCAACCAGUACUUCUUCUACUUCUGAUUUUGAUGAUUUAUUAGGGUUACCAUCUACAUCAAGUUUAAUUACUUCUUCACCAAAUGGUUCAACUACAGUUACAGUUGAAUUUAAAAUCAAAUUUGAUGAAAAAUUAUCUGAUUCAAAACAAUUUGUUAAACAAUUUGAAGAUUCUUUAUUAUCUCAAAUCCCAGCUAAUAAAUUAAUCAUUCAUAAUAUUUAAAAAACAAAAAAAACACUAGUCAAAAAAAGUAAUAGAAAGAAAAAGAAAGAAAGAAAGGAAAAAAAAGAUCCUAGUUUGAAUUCAAGUAAUAGUCAUUUACUUCUUCUUGUGUAUACUAUUUAUGUCUUUUAGGUACAAAAUAUAGAUUCAUUUUAUAAUGUAAAUAAUUAAAUAAGUCUCAUUAUUUAACUGCUAAAAAUUCCAACUCCCUAAUGUUCCACUCCUCCUCCUGUAUAUAGAAUGUUCCCUCCGC